CAACGCUCAGGGCAUGGGAUCCUAUCAUAUAUGAUAGGUAUCUAGACUCUCCGAUAAUGGGACACGAUCAAACAUAGAUCUGUGGACCAAAGUGCAAACGCAGUGCACGUUGUCUACAACCGGUAACACCUUUGUGGACAACAUCAGACAGGAGCAAUGAUUUCCGUGGACGCGAUGGAGUGGUUUGCGCUAAUCGAACACGUUAUUUUGACGGUGUUUAUGAUCAGUCUAGUCAGUGUAUUUGUAUCCGAAGGAUGGCCAGGAAUUGCGAGAAUAACGUUGAUAUUUCUGAAGACCUUACCUGGCUUUCAACACACGGUCGACAUGUUUGUUAAGCGCGAAGUGAAUGAUUUCGUUAAGCAGUUACGCGAAGAAGGCGGCAAGUCAAAAAAAGAACUCGAGAAGACACCGCCAAGAGUUACUCUGCCCGAGAAAGGUAUCUCAGCUGAUAUACUUCGCGAGGAGAUGACAAAAAUAAACAAAAACAAAAUAAAAACCGAUGCAGGGAAAAUAUUUGCUUUGGUUUACACAAUGGAUGAUGAUAACUUCAAACUACAAAAAGACGCUUAUGAUAUGUUUACUCAGAAGUCUGGUGUGUCGGUGAAGCACGAUGCCUUAGUUAAGGAGUUCCACCAUGCGUUCAUGCAUGAAAACGCACUUAAUCCGAUGAUGUUUCCAAGUCUUAGACGUUUUGAAACUGAAAUCGUCAGUAUGUGUGCGGAUAUGCUAAACGGUGAUGAGAAAGUUGUGGGAUCAUUGACUUCUGGCGGGACUGAAAGUAUUCUGAUGGCAGUGAAAACUUACAGAGACAGAGCGAGAAAGUUGUAUCCUGAUAUAGUACAUCCUGAAAUGGUUGCACCAAUCACUAUUCACCCAGCGUUUGAAAAAGCAGCGCAUUACUUUAACUUGACGAUUGUUCAUGUACCAAUUGAUGACGAUUUUAGAGUCAAUGUAGAUAAGUAUAAGCAGGCUGUUACAAAGAACACUGUAGCAUUAUUAGCCUCUGCAACCCAGUACUGUCAUGGUGUUGUGGAUCCUAUAGAAGAAAUUGCUGCCAUAGCAACUGAAACGGGAAUUCCCUUCCAUGUGGAUGCAUGCUUUGGAGGAUUCAUGUUGCCAUGGGUAGAGAAACUUGGAUAUCCGGUUCCUAAGUUUGAUUUCAGACUUGAUGGGGUCACGUCUAUGUCAGCUGAUUUACAUAAAUAUGGGUAUACUUCUAAAGGAUCUAGUGUUGUUCUGUAUAGAAAUGCAGAGAUACGCAAGUACCAGAUAUUUGCAUAUGGUGGUUGGCCUGGGGGGCUUUUUGGUUCCCCUAGUAUGGCAGGAACAAGACCAGGUGGAAACAUUGCGGCAUCCUGGGUUGCCUUGAGACAUCUUGGCAAAGAUGGUUAUUUAAAGAUGGCAAAAUCUUUAAUGAAGAUUACAAAGAAACUAACGGAUGGAAUCAAAAAAAUUCCAGGUUUGAAAAUUCUUGGCGACCCUUCUAUGACGUGCUUUGCCAUUGCUGCUUCUGAUCCAUCACUUGACCUUUUGGCCGUAGCUGAUGUCAUGGAAACCAAAGGCUGGAAGAUGGAGAGACAACAGUUUCCUACCAGUAUACAUUGUACAAUUCUGCCACAACAUUUAUCGAUAGCCGACCAACUAUUGGCGGACUUUGCUGAUGCAACUAAGAAGGUCUUGAAUGGAGAAGUUAAAAGCUUACCAAGUGCUUCUUCAAUGUAUGGUAUGCUGGCUAAGAUUCCUGAUAAAGCCAUCGUCAAUGACGUCAUUGUCGAAUUCUUCAGUGAAAUUUACAAGCAGUAG